AUGAAGAGAUUCCAGAGCUCACAGCGAACAGUGCUGAUGAUAACGACGACAGAGAUGAAUGUAAUCGUAUCAGGGCUGGGAAGCAAGAAGAACAUGCAGCGGAUGAGAUCAAGAUAUGACAGAACUCAGCACCCUGACUGCACUUAUGGAUAUACAUUUCCACAUUCGAAUUGUAUCAUCAGGGCUUCCAUCCCGAUCAUGUGCACAGUCUAUCCAUCAGCCUCUCUUCAGCUUGACGGUCUUCGUCGACAUGGGGAGCACACGGUCAGAGAACGAAUGACAAGUUCCUCAGCCAUUUUGUCACAGACAGAGUUGACAAUGAUCGGCAGUCCAAAUGGGGCAAGCCGCUCAAGCGCUUCGAAAACCAGCUUCAACUCCUCUUUCCAGCCCUUCGUUCUGGAGGCGCCCCUCAUCGAGCACUACUAUAGCCACAUCAGAGCUGUCGUCGUAGACAAUCGGCGUAAGUCCGAACGAGCGUUUCCUCAGCACAUUGCCGUCCAUUUCCUCUUCUCUUACUCUGCUCACUGCCCUUCAAAACAAUUCACGAACCAGCUGCUUCUGACAGUGUUAUACCCUCGUUCUACUAUACUAACAACAGAUCCACCCGAACCAUCCCACAAGCCAUCCGCACUCAUCGUCACCAUGGCCACCGAAACGCAAACCCACCCACCCCCUCCCCCGGCCAAAGAAACCUUCCACUUCAUAAACGACCCCUCCGACGCCAUAAACGAAGCCCUCAUAGGCCUAACCCACCUCAAACCCAACCUCUCCUACAACAAAGAAUACAAGAUAAUCUACCGCAACGAUCUCUGCUCCUUUAGCAAAUCCCACGUCACAACCAUCGGCUUCGCCGGCGGCGGCCACGAACCCAUGUUCGGCGGCUUCGUAGGCCCCAACUACCUCUCCGCCUACGUCUCCGGCAACAUCUUCGCCUCUCCCACCGCCGCGCAAAUCUUUGAGGCGAUUAAGAUGUGCCAGCCUCCCGAGGGACCAGAGGGUCGUGGAACGUUGAUAGUGUGUGGAAAUUAUACCGGCGAUAUUCUUAAUGCGGGACUGGCGAUUACGAGAGCGCAGGCAGCGGGGUAUAGGGUAUAUUUCAAGGCUGUGGGUGAUGAUGUAGCGGUGGGGAGGAAGAAGGGAGGGAAAGUGGGGAGGCGGGGGUUGAGUGGACAUCUUGUUGCUCUGAAGAGUGCGUGUGCGCUUGCGGAGAGGGGGGAGGGGUUGGGGAGAGUUAGUGAGGUGAUGGAGUAUGUUGCUGGGAAUGUUGGGACUAUUGGCGUGGCGUUUGAUAGAGUGGCUUUGCCUAAUGCUACGUUGACGGACUUGCAGAGUCUCCCGCCUGCGACGAUUGAGUUGGGUAUGGGCGCGCAUGGCGAGCCUGGGUUGCAGCAGAUCUCGCCCAUUCCUUCGGCGGACGCUUUGGUUUCCCAGAUGCUGGACUUGUUGCUUGACAUAUCUGACAGCGACCGGGCGUUUAUACCGUUUUCUCAGGCAACGAAUCCAAUUAGCGACAACGAGAUUGUGCUCCUUCUGAACUCGCUGGGAAGCACAUCGGAUGAGGUCCUUGCACGCUUCGCGGAGAUCGCUAAACAAGAACUUGAGAAGCGAGGAUUUGUGGUCCGCAGGCUCACGCUCGGUCCAUUGGUAACGAGCUUGAAGAUGAGUGGCUUUGGCAUAACAGUUUGGCGACUACCUCCGGAUAGUGACGAGGUUAUGGACAGGAAGCUCGCGCUUGACUUAUGGGACUCUAAAGUUGACGUCUAUGCUUGGAGACAGUAG